AUCCCUCUCUCUCUGUUCAUCUGCUGGGUAAAGUGAGCAGGUUGUGUGGCUGGAGCUUUGGGCUGCUCUGGAGUUGUAAAUGAUUGAGAAUGUGCACUCUGAGUCCUCCACUCUCUCACUCCUUCACGCUCACUCCUCUCUCUGUGUGUGUGUGUAUGGAGGGAGGUUGUAUCUGGCACUCCCCGGCACUCCUGCAUGCAGGUGUCUCUUUUUUAAAGCCUACAGAAGCUGUGUUUCUGAUGUUUCUGAUGUUUGCGGCAGCAUGCAUGUGUGCAGAAUGGGCUGUUCAAACGCUGUUCUAAGGGAAGGAUCUGGAGCUGUAGUGUCCUCGUGCGAGCACAAGCCAGGGAUGGACUAUAGCCGGACAGACGCUACACUGGGUUUCCCUGCAACGCCGUCACCUUAAACCAGACCAGGUCCGCAGAAUGCUGAGUCCCAUUGUUCCAUAUACAGGCCUAUUGAAGAUGCACUGGAACCCGGAGCAUGCACAGCCCUUGAGCCAAUGGCCUGAGCAGCAUUUGGACGUGUCCUCUACGACCUCCUCCCCGGCCCACAAGUCCGAACUUUACCCUCACCGCGGCCGCGGCUCCUACAGCUACGCCUGGGCCAACGAUGACAUUUCUGCCCUGACUGCCUCCAACCUGCUCAAACGCUAUGCUGAGAAAUACUCUGGCGUUUUGGACUCGCCCUACGAGCGCCCAGCUGUGGGCGCCUACCCUGAGCCCGGGGCCUUCGGAGCCCUCAAUGGGAGCCAGAAGAGCGAACUAGAGCCCUGGCCUCUUACACACAGCACUGAUGGAGCUUACCCUUUAGUACCACCCUCGUCCCAUGACUCCUUGACUGGCCCCAAGGUGGUGGCCACGUCUGCAGGACCGCCUGUCUCGGCGGUCAGCAGCAACUUGUCGGACUCGGGCUACAGCGGGAGCAGCUCCUGCAGCGGCCCAAACUCCAGCGAGUAUCCCCCCAGCUAUAAUGGCACCUACCUCUCCUCAGGCUACUGCCCUCAAGCUGGCUCAGCACUUCCCACAACCCCUCUGCAUGCCCUUCAGUCCGCUCCCACCCUCGUGCCUAGCUAUACACCCUCUGCUCCUGUGUACAACUACCCCCCCAGCACCUACCCACACCAGACUAGCCUCCCUCCAACCUACAGCCACCCCACAGCCCCUUACCUGCCCUCGGGCAUCGCCGCCCCUACCCCAAUCACUUCAAGACCUACAGUGGUGGGGGGCAGCUAUGGUUAUCAGAACAGCGGCCUGGGCAGCUCAGAGCCUGGGGGAUCCCUCAAGAGAAAAGCAUUUGAGAUGGGCCUGGAUGAAGAAGAUGGGGACGGUUCGCGGUACAGAAAGUACGGUUAUGACCCCUUGAAAUCUGGCGGAGAUUCAGCGUACGGUGUUGGUGACAAAGCAGAAUGUCGUGGCAAUGGCUUUGUAGACCCACAAACCCUCAAGCCUAGCAAACCCUCGUCCCAGUCCGGCAUGGGGGGCGACGAGGUAGGCAAGUACAGUGGCUUGAAGCCCCUGAUGUCCCCACCUUAUGGAGCAGCAGGCGAUUACAGUCCUCCUGCAGCAAUGACGGGGGAAAACGGAGGAGUGGAACACAGCUUCUCACACAAACGUCCUGAGCAACUGAAGAGCAUAGACCAGCGCCUCCUGGAGGUGGUCAACAGCGAGCUGCAGGACUGCACCCCUGCCCCGCUGUGGACAGAACUGGCCGGACACGAUCGCGUCAAAGAGGCCCUGGAGGAGGACCUUCUCUGGCCUGUACUGCGCCCUGAUCCUGCUGUGCGCCCACCCAGAACCGUCCUGCUGUUUGGUCCACGUGGAGGUGGCAAGACCACACUGACGCGUUGCAUCGCUUCCCAGCUGGGGGCUGCCUUCUACAGGCUUAGUUGUGCCACACUAGUUUCCAAAUGGAAGGGCGAGGCAGAGCAGCUGCUAGCCACAUUGUUCUCGGUCGCCUCGGCCCGUCAGCCAGCUGUGGUGCUGCUGAGCGAGGUGGAGGCCAUCGAGGAGGAGGACGGGCUCAGGCAGCAGCUGCAGGUCCACCUGGAGAAGACCCACCGUGGCCAGGCCUGCCCACUGCUUCUGGUGUGCUCCACGAGGCGGCCAGACCUGCUAAAGGAGCCGCUCCUGCGCUGCAUGUCCAAGCGCUACCACGUGGGCCUGCCGGACCUGGGCACACGGAGGCAGGUGGUGCUGCAGGCACUGGCACCACAAGGCUGCAGCCUGAGCGAGAGGGAGCUGGCCGUUGUGCUGCAGCGGGCAGAGAACUUCUCCAUGAUGGAGCUGCAGCAGCUCUGCCAGCAGGCCCUGGCAUCAGCCGCCUCGGCCACCGGCCAAAUGCACGGCCUCUCCGCCGGCCUCUCCUCCUCGCCUGCCUUCAAAGACUUCGAGAACGCCUUCUGCAAGGUGCGGCCACACGGCACCCCCAAAGAACCUGACACUUUUAUGGAAUGGAUCAAGAUAAACAGCCACUGAGAGAAAGGUCAGCCACUGGAUCGGGACUGCUACAUCUUGUGUUCGGUGUCGAGGCUUAAAAGCCUCAGAAAAGUUUAGUUGUUUUUUUUCCUUUUCCUUUUUUGUAGCUACUUACUUGCAGCCAAAAAAGUGUUUUUUUUUUUUUUAUUUGUUGGGAGAUGAUGUUUUAUUGGUGCAGAAGCGUUUUUCUUUUUUUUUUUUUGGAUUGAAUGCAAUUUCUUUUCGUUUUGUUUUCUUGGAAACAUGCCGUGGUGUGUUAUUUUUUCUAUAAAUAUACAUAUACUUUAUUUUUUCCCCCAAAGAAAUUAAUAAUAGGCUUUUCUUGGAAAGGGGGCAAUUGUUAGUUGCUUGCUUUUCUGGAUAGGAAAUCUGAAAUAUAUUCUGGAGUUUCACUAGAAAUCCGACUAGCCUUGAUCCUGGAUUGAACCUGGAUAUUUUUUUUUAUUUUGGAGAAAUACCCCUGUUAACUGCAAUUUUCAGAAUCAUAUUUAUUGCCAGUCCACUCCAAUGGCAUUAUAUUGUUUAUUAUUUUAGAGUGACUCAUUUUAAAACGAUCAUUUGGUGAUAAAGGGCUUGGGGUAUAUCGGAGAAAACGUAAUAACGCAUUUGACCAAAAAUGAUCAAAGAAGCACCAUAACUUGUUUUAAAUAUUAUCUGCCCAGGGCAACACUAUCAACAGCGACUUACCAAAAGGCAACCACCGUUAUACAACCUGUUUGAAACCAACAGUAUUCUGUGUGAGAAUGAGAAGGUCGUUGUUAGACCGCGGUCGUAUCGUGUGCACUUUGUCCAAGAGCGGUCUUUUUAAGAACAGUGUAUGCAUAACUACCCAAAUAGUAUUAAGAUAUCAGAGGAAAGAUAAGAGAAGAAGUGAGAGAAAGAGAACGAGAGAGAAAAAGAGAGAUAAAGACUGGACUUUACUGUCUGCACAACAAUCUUCUCUGUACACUGAACAAACCAUCAAAACCAACAAAAAAAAAACGUACAAUAAUACACUUUAGGCAGCAGAAACCUGACCAGAGAUUGUGUUCUGAGGGUAUUAAACCCAUAAACCUCCGGCGCAAGUUUCCUGCAGUUCAUUCCACAUUCCUCAUCCAGUUUUCCCAAAUUUCCUGAGACAGUUGCUUUGGAUUUGGACACAACAGCGAGAAGAAUGGGUUCCUCAGACGUCUAGUGUUCUCUUCUGCUUACUCUUCUGAUUUUGUUUUGUUUUGUUUCUUAGUAUAUGUAGUCUUGUUUGAAAUACUCAGGAAGAAUUUCUUUACCUCAGAAAUGAUAAAGAAUGUAUGUAACCUUAGGGUCUUAGUAGUGAGAAAUGAGGUGUUUUUCAGAGGUGAGAGACAAACCCGCCACAGACCUGUACACACACUGCAGCUGGGGUAUUACCUCAUAGGAGAAACUUGAAAAUGCUACAAAGACUAACAUUGAAUGUAAUUCAGGUAUUUCAGAGGAUGUCUGAUGCCAUAAAAAUCCACAUUUUUGUAAUUCUAUAUAAAUACAUAUUUCCCUCAUCCUUUCCCCCUUUAUUUCUGAUGUAGAUUUCGAUGCAGUGAUGAUUGUCUUCAUGAAAUGUUAUAGUAGAUAAACAGACCAUGCUGCUGGAUUUUGUUGGACAAACUGUUCAGAGAAACACUCAGUUCUAUAAUGAAUACAUGUACUUUGGUGCAUCUUUAAAAACACACGGACUGUGCAGAAUCAUAAGCCAGUACUGCCAGUACCCUGAGUUAGAAUUUAAUAGUAAACAACCCAAAGAUUAAUCAGAGCACAUUUGUAUGCAAUUGGCAGCUAAUCAUGUCUAAUAAUUGAUUGUAAAUGUGUCGCACGUACGCAGACCGCGUACACGCUCAACAUGUAGACAAUCCAGAGGGAGCAGCUUCUACCAAUGUUGAAGUUUCUCAGUGUUCUGCUUUUACUGCAAGACAACAGAUUCAGCAUUUCAUUUAGUUUCACCAACACCACACUUACAGAAUCUCUGCACAGACCCGUCCCACCAAACUACUACAGAAACACCAAAAACUAGAUAUAGGCCCCUUUAAAUGCAUCCAACUUAGCCGAUAAACAUCACUGAAUGACUUAUAACCACAUAUAACCAAAACUUCAGAACAAAUAUAUUUUAUAAUCUAAAUUACUAUCACACAGUUACCAUGAAAUCCAUACCUGCUUAGUAUAUGAUCAUCAUCUGUAUUGCAAAACCUUGUACUUCAAUUCUUUUCACAUUUAAAUCUGCCAGUUAUUCUUAACUUUGUGUCAUGGAUGAAAAAAAUGUUUUGACCAGUAAUGUUUUUAUUUUGGACCAUAUAUUAUCCCAGAAAUGAGUAUAAUAAGUAACAAUAAGUAAUAUUUUUGUGCUUUUAAGAUCAUUUUAUGCCACUGAUAUAAUACCAUAAUAAUGCAGUUACACCCUUUUAAAGAGCAAUGACCCUUUAGGUAAUAAAAAACCCAUUUUUAGCUAUUUAAAAUGCCUGUCAAAAGUUUUUUCUUUAUAUACAAGUAAACAGUUAAAGUCCUAAUGUCAGUUUCUUAUCACCACCACUAAAAUAUAUUCUGAGUAGAUAUAUUUCUCUAGAACAUUGCUUUUCUUUUCACAUCAAUCCAUAUUUUUUAUCACAUCAACCACAUUUGUUAUUGCUACCACACGUUAUUAUUAAUAUAAACCAACAGUUGUUCUCUCUCUCUCUAUAUAUAUAUAUAUAUAUAUAUAUAUAUUUACCUAUUUAAGGUUUUCUCGUGAUAGUAACAAUUCAACACCUUUUCCACUAAAACAGCAUUAUGUAUUAAUUAUAUGUAAAAGUAUGUAAACUGAAUAAUUUAAGGGUCUUUAAAUCCCACCGUUCUGAUUCUGUUCUGACAUUUUCUGACAUUUCUGACAAGAUUUAUUUCACAAAUUCAGAUAUAUUAAAUCAGAUUACUUAUUGUAUUACAAAAUAUCACAAAAUAUAGUAAAUUGUAAACUUUAUUUAAUUUUCAUGUGAUAAUCAUGCAUAUCAUGUUACCACCCUUUAAACCCUUCUAAAGGCCUGUCCAUGAGCCCAUGUUUAAAAUUACCUGGAUAAUUAGUAACAAAAUAUAAUAGAUAAUAGAUAAUAGAUAUUUAAAAGAUAUAAAAACUCAUUAAUAAUGGUUCAAAAGGUCAGCACUAAUAAUAAAAAAGGUGAGUAAAAGUUGUGAAGGUCUGAAUGCAGUAGCUGGAGAGCUGUAGGCCGUGUAUGGGCUUGUUUGGGUUGGGCCGUGUGUUGGCUUGUUUGAAUGGCCUGUAGUGUGAUGUAAUAGCGCCGGCCCCUCCCCCUCCCCCACCGCAGGCCUGGUCCGGCCCUGUGUGGUCAUGUGGCUCACUGUGCUCCCCUCCCCCACCUCCUCCACAUCACCACUGCCGUUUGGAGUGGCCAUAUUCUCCCUGAUGUCCAGUAACCCUAUAGCACCAUAUGACCCUGCAGGCCCAGUUGGUGGCUUCAGUCAUCGGCGUACGGGCGGGUCAAUAGCGCGGGUACUUGAUCUGUGCUGGAGUGAAGAAAAACUACAAAACCCAGUCGACUCGUCCUCUCACUCCACACACUUUAGAAUUAUUGAUCCGGUGGAGAGACCACUGCUUUCUACUGGUCUCAGUACAGACAUAGAGAGAUCUGUUCUUUCUGCUUAAUACAGUUACAAACGAGAUAAAAAGACUAAAUAUUGGCGCAAAAACGAUUCACAGCGUUCACUGGCAGUCAGAAAGAAUUGCUCAGAUGUUGUUACAUCAUUGAUACACAUUAGAUACACACUAGAUAUCGAAAAAUCGAAUGAAAAUGGACAAAUGUAUGUGCUUUAUUGUAUUAUUUUUAUUAGGAUUAGUUUUACAUGGAUGAGAUGGGGGGUUAUUAUUAUCAGUGUCUCAGUGAUUUUAGCCCCAUCUGAAAACACCAUGUUAGUUAUGUAACAAAUUACAUACAAAACAAAGGUAUCUAACAGGUAUCAGAUCAUUUUUAUUAUAACUGUUUUGUUUGGGGGGGGGUUGGGGGUGCUGUAUAAUAAUAAUAAUAAUAAUAAUAAUAAUUGCAAUUCGCUUACAAACAAUAUUAUUGUCAUUUUGGGACUAUUUUACUAUUUUAUGUCAAUGAUAACAUACAGCUAUGGAAAAAUUUAAGAAACCACUUUAUUUGUUUGCUAUUUAUAGGUAUAUGUUUAAAUAAAAGAAAUAUUGUUGUUUUAUUGUAUAAACUACAAACAACAUUUCUCCCAAAUUCCAAAUAAGAAUAUUGUCAUUUAGAGGAUUUAUUUGCAGAAAAUGAGAAAUGGUUGAAAUAAUGAAAAAAAAAUAAAGAUGCAGAGCUUUCAGACCUCAAAUAAUGCAAAGAAAACAAGUUCAUAUUCAUUAAGUCAUAAAGAGUUCAGAAAUCAAUAUUUGGUGGAAUAACCCUGGUUUUUAAUCACAGUUGUCAUGCAUCUUGGCAUGUUCUCCUCCACCAGUCUUACACACUGCUUUUGGAUAACUUUAUGCCUUUACUCCUGGUGCAAAAAUUCAAGCAGUUCAGCUUGGUUUUAAAUUUGGUAAAGUCUAAGAAACUCAUCAUCUUUAAGUGUCUCUUAUUUUUUUUCCAGAGCUGUAUAAGUUAUAUAUAAUAGACUGCAGUUACACCUUUUUAAAUCACGUAGCAUUAUGAUUUUAAAUAUUAAUAAUAUAACAAUAAUAAAAAUUGCUUUUUUAAAACAGAUACAAAACAUACAGGAUCGUUUAGAUAAUGGGCUCUUCUCACAAUGUACAAAUUAAACACAGUGGCUUAUAUUGAAGUGACAAUAAUAUUGAAGUGUUUCCAGUCAGUGGCAAACCAAAAAGUGGUUAAAUCAAAAAAGUUGAACCAAAGGUCUGGCGGCUUUAGGCAAGUCGUUUUACGAACAUUCAUUCAGCUGCAAAAUUCUCAAACUAAAAUGUCAUUACUGCUGUUUUGUGGUUAUAGGGUUAGCUCAUCAUCACAUGUUUAGGACAUUUUAGGGCUUUAGAUGUUGCAUAGUUUAUAGAUCAUGCCAAUAUAAUCCAAAAUAAGAGUUCAACCUUUUUACACACCUUCCAACGUAAAUAUAUAUAUAUAUAUAUAUUUGUUUGACUGCCAUAGUAUACAGGCCUAACUAAUGAUCUAAUGAACAGUUUGUCCAACACAUCCAGCACAUCCUAGCUGUUUUUAAUCCAUUAGUACAGUAACUUUGUUCUUGGUUCUUGUUCUUGUACAUUUUCUGUAACCAUUUCUACCUCAUUUUUUUGUGACAUAUUGUACAUGAAAGUAUUUAUUUCAUGUCUUUUUUGAUGUCUGUUUUAAAAAAUGAUAAUGUUCUUGAACUGUAAUGGUCUACCUCAGAAAAGACUGUAUUUUAAGAGAAAAGUAUCACACAAUAUUAAAGAGAAUAUGUCAACA